UCGGAUCACUGCGGAUCCUCGGCUUUUUUGUUCAAACUUUUUUGGAGCGCAUUGGUAAGCUCUCCUUCACCACUGUCUCUUCAUUUAUCCUCGCCUCCAGCUACCUCAAUUCCACAAUGUCGGACACAGAAGAGGCACCCAAAUCGUUUGCCGAUAUCGGCGUCAUGACACAGCUGUGCGAGGCCUGCGACAAGCUUGGCUUCAAGGCACCCACCGAGAUCCAGCGCGACGCGAUUCCUUGGGCCCUGCAGGGCCGCGACGUGAUCGGCCUGGCGCAGACCGGCUCCGGAAAGACCGCUGCCUUUGCGCUCCCGAUCCUGCAGGCGCUCUGGGAGAACCCAUCCCCGCUGUUUGCAUGCGUGAUGGCGCCGACGCGCGAGCUGGCGUUCCAGAUUGCAGAGACAUUUGAGGCGCUGGGUUCGGCGAUUGGCGCGCGGUGCGCAGUAGUCGUUGGCGGCAUGGACAUGAUUGCACAGCAAAUCGCCCUGUCGCGUAAGCCACACGUGGUGGUGUGCACCCCAGGCCGUCUGCAGGACCACCUGGAGAACACCAAGGGCUUUUCGCUGCGCACGCUAAAAUACCUGGUCAUGGAUGAGGCAGAUCGGCUGCUGGACCUCGACUUUGGGCCCAAGAUUGACCAGAUCCUAAAGGUCAUCCCACGCGAGCGAAACACGUUCUUGUUCUCGGCCACCAUGACCACCAAGGUAGCGAAGCUGCAGAGGGCGUCGCUGACAAACCCUGUCAAGGUUGAGGUGUCGACAAAGUACUCAACUGCCGACAAGCUGCUGCAAUACUACAUGUUCUUCCCAUUCAAGCGCAAGGACUGCUAUCUGGUGUGGCUGCUGAACGAAAUGGCGGGACAGUCGGCGAUUGUGUUUGCGCGCACCUGUAACGAGGUCCUGCGUAUCGGUUUGCUGCUGCGCAACCUGGGCAUCGAGGCUAUUCCUUUGCAUGGCCAGCUCAGCAUGGAUCGCCGCAUGGGAGCGCUGAACAAGUUCAAGUCUGGUAAGCGCAACGUCCUGGUGGCCACCGAUGUGGCCUCGCGUGGCCUCGACAUCCCGGCCGUCGACAUUGUCGUCAACUACGACAUUCCGACCCACUCCAAGGACUAUAUCCACCGUGUCGGUCGCACAGCCCGCGCUGGCCGCUCGGGCCGUGCUAUCUCAUUUGUGACCCAGUACGACGUGGAGCUGCUGCAGCGUAUCGAGCAGGUCAUUGGCAAAAAGCUGGACGAAUUCCCGGGCAACAAGGAUGAAAUCAUGCUUCUGCAGGAGCGCGUCAACGAGGCACAGCGCAUGGCCACGCUGGAGCUCAAGGAACUGCAGGCCAAGAAGGGCAGCAAGGGCAAAGGCAAGCGGUCGCGCGAUGACAACGACGACGACAACAGCAAGCGGAUCUCGGUGGACGAGGCCAAGAAGAUCCGCAAGGGCGGCAAGGGCGGCAAGAAGCAGCGGCGAUAAGCACGCCCCCGUCACUUACCAUAAAAAUGCAAUUUGUCCUGUGUGUAUGUUCUGUUGCUGCAUCAAUGCAUUUUACACAACCAGCAUGC